AUGGGAUGUGCCAUCAGUGCCGAAGAUAAAGUUGCCAUUGAGAGAAGUCGUAAGAUCGACCGUGACUUGCGAAGUGAAAUGGCGAACCAAGCAAAAGAAGUUAAGCUUUUGCUUUUAGGUGCCGGUGAAUCUGGUAAAAGUACUAUUGUCAAACAGAUGAGAAUCAUCCAUGAACAGGGUUAUUCUCAGGAGGAAUGUAUUCAACACCGACCCGUUGUUCAUUCUAAUACUAUUCAAAGUUUAGCUGCCAUUAUCAAGGCUAUGAGAAUGCUUAAGAUUGAUUAUGGUGAUCUUUCCAGGGAACAAGAUGCCAGAAAAUUUUUCCAAUUUAUCUCUUCUCGAGAGAAUAUAAUUACCCCUGAUUUGGCUAUCAUAAUGCAUCGAUUAUGGAGAGAUGACGGAAUUCAAAAGUGUUUCGCUAGAUCUCGCGAAUAUCAACUUAACGAUUCAGCUAAAUAUUACUUAAAUUCCUUGGAUAGAAUAUCUCAACCUAAUUAUAUUCCCACUCAACAAGAUGUCCUCCGGACUCGUGUUAUAACAACUGGUAUUGUGGAAACUCAGUUUACCUUUAAAGGAUUAAAAUUCAAAAUGGUUGAUGUCGGUGGACAAAGAAGUGAAAGGAAAAAGUGGAUCCAUUGCUUUGAAGGAGUUACAGCGAUCAUUUUCUGCGUUUCUCUCGCUGGUUACGAUCUUGUGCUCGCUGAAGAUGAAGAAGUGAAUCGUAUGGUUGAAAGUAUGAAACUAUUCGACUCAAUUUGUAACAACAAAUGGUUCAAUGAUACUGCUAUCAUCUUAUUCUUGAAUAAGAAAGAUUUAUUCGAGGAGAAGAUUAAACGUUCACCGAUCACCGUUUGUUUCCCUGAAUAUCGAGGUUCCAAUACUUAUGAAGAAGCUGCUGCUUAUAUUCAGAUGAAAUUUGAAAAUCUUAACAAGAGAAAAGGAUUAAAGGAAAUCUAUACACAUUUGACCUGUGCCACUGACACCAAUAAUAUUCAAUUCGUUUUCGAUGCAGUCACUGAUGUAAUUAUCAAAAAUAAUCUCAAAGACUGUGGUCUCUUUUAA